AUGGCCAUGGCCCUUAAUAGUAGUGUUGUGAUUAAAAACAUGGUAAUCCCUAAGCUCAAUGAUCUAAGAAGUUUCUCUAUCCAUUUUCAUAUAGGUACCAUGGACUUUGAGAGAGCACUUUGUGAUCUAGGACCUAGUGCUAGCUUGAUGCCUUUGUUCGUGUGUAACAAGUUAGAUAUGGGAGACAUGAAACCUACCAAUGUGUCUUUGCAACUUGCCGAUGGAUCGAUCAAGUAUCCUAUAGAUGUGUUAAAGGAUGUCCCGCUGAGAGUUGGAAAGCAUUAUGUGUUAGUUGACUUUGUUAUAAUGGACAUCGAUGAAGAUUUCCAAAUCCCAAUAAUUUUAGGUGCAGUAGUGCGUGUGAUCAGUCCUGUCAAGCUCUCAUACUUGAACAUCGGUUCUGGACAUGUCAAGAAUGUUGUUGGUGGCUGCAUGGAGGAAGUGGCUUAG